AUGGGCUUUGAAGACAAGCGAGUCGCCAUUGUUGGCGGUGGCCUGGGAGGCAUGGCAUUUCUGAAUGCUGCACUCUACACAGGACUCAAGAAUGUGCAACUAUACGAGCAAGCACCGCAGUUUGGUGAAGUUGGCGCCGGCGUCAACAUUACCUCCAAUGCCAACCGUGUCCUCGAUGCCUUCGGUCUGCAAGAAAGCAUGAUGCGCAAGUCAUCCCGCAAACUUCCUUGCUACAUGGAAUACCACAACUACAAGACCGGAGACUAUGUCGGCGAGAUCGGCGAGUUUUCCGAGCCUCAUGCCCGUCUCCUGCACCGCGCACACUUGCUAGACUCUCUCAAGGAGCGAGUUCCCCAAUCAAGCCUCAAUCUAGGAAAGCAUCUCGCCUCCGUGGAUCGCAACACCGCAGCGGGUGCUGCGCCGUACACCCUUCACUUCGAAGAUGGAAGUACAGCCGAAGCAGACAUCGUCAUCGGCUGUGACGGGAUCAAGUCGAACGUGCGCCGCGACAUGGGUCUGGGCGAUGACCCCAACUAUUCGGGCCAAGUGGUGUACCGCGGCUUCGUCGAUUAUAAGGAUCUCCCACAAGAGACGGCGCAGCUGCUGCGCAAGACCGUGAACUUCCGUGGCCCCCAGCGCCAUGUCCUGAUCUUGCCCAUCGGCAACCAGGAAACGGGGACUGAUCGGGCCGCCGUGAUUGGAUUCAUGUCCGAGCCCAUUGAGGCCUGGGACUCAGAGAGCUGGAUGUCCCGCUCUGAUAUUGAUAGUUUGCAGGAGCAUGUGCGCGACUGGUGCCCGCAGGUGCAGGACAUCAUUGCGGGUCUCCGCAAGAGCUCAGAGGAUGGCAAGAUGCUCAAGCAAGCAUUGUAUGUGCGGGAUCCGAUUGCCAAGUGGUAUGAGAUGAAGGAUGGACAAAAGGAUGCAGGUAUCAUCCUGCUGGGUGACUCUGCCCACUCGACUCUUCCUCAUCAAGGAACAUGUAUGGCUAUCGAGUCUGGGAUUGCCCUUGCCACUAUUCUCCGCCACUGGAAGACCCAAGACCUUCAGGCUGCAUUCCAAUUCUACCAAGACCUGCGCAAGCCCCGGACAGAUCGUGUCACGGAAACGAGUUACGAGGCUGGGCGGCUGGCGAGUGCCGACAGUCCCGAUCAGAUGACUGACAACUUCAACCCCGAGGCUUUGACCGAGCGCAUGCGGUGGAUUAUGGAGUACAAUGUGUUGGAAGAUCUGCGCAUAAAGGGAGAAGGGAUUUUGGACUUCCACGAGUCGCACCUGUGA